GCUGAAAUAGAUCGAAAUGACGCGAUCUAAUUUGAAAAACAUGCAUCCGCGUAAUGUUCUGCGCACACCGCCCAACUAUACGAAGUUACCUAUUAAGCACAAGGACUUCCGAAGAGUGUGUACUUUGAACCUGAAUGGCACAGUAUCGGUGGAUUUUCGCAAUGAGCAUACUUUGCGUGAGUUGGCCAAAAUGAUGCUGCUUGAAUAUUUCGAUCUGAAGGUUGAAUUCGCGCCCGGCAGCUGGAUGCCAACUUUGGCGUUGCGUCUAAACUAUGUGCUCUGGCUGGAGGAUUUGCUUGAGCCGCUUAAACUGGACACAGUGCGUGGCAUCGACAUCGGCUGCGGCUCGUCAUGUGUUUACUCGCUGCUGGCCGCCAAGAAGAACAAAUGGCACAUGCUGGCGUUGGAUUUGAAGGAGAUCAACAUAGAAUAUGCACAGAAAAACGUCGAACGCAAUGAGCUGCAGUCGCUGAUCGAAGUUCACCAGCAACCGGACAAGACCACAAUAUUCAAAAGUUAUUUCGAAUCGCCUAAUGCCACGAAAGACAAGUUUCACUUUUGUAUCUGCAAUCCGCCGAUCUUCGACUCGAAUUCUCCAAAUCUGACGCGUCGGCCAGCGUCCAGAACUGUGCGUACCGGAAGUGCCGAGGAGUUGACCUGUGAGGGCGGCGAAGUGGAAUUUGUGCAACGCAUCAUCGAAGAGAGUAUGCUGUACAAGGAGCGUGUGACUAUUUUCACCACCAUGCUGGGUGUCAAGUCCAACUUACCAAAGAUUUUGGACUAUUUGAAGGCGAAAAAUAUAAGCAAUGCUCGCACCACCGAAUUCCAUCAAGGCCGCACCAAUCGCUAUAACGUGGCGUGGAGCUUUCACAAGGAGGCCAUCGGUGACACUGCGCCCAAUCAGAAAUUCUGUUGCUAGCUUUCCAUAUUUACUAGACUGGAUCAUUCCCUAAAUGAUUAUAAGUCGUAAAAAAUGGACACACCCUUUUCUUCUUUUUUAUUAUAAACAUAUCCGUUCGUGAAUGGAUUUAAAAUGACGGUUCUCUAAGUUGAAUUUGAUAACUCUGAGGUGCAACGAUUUGUGGCGGACGGUACCGGAUCCUCCACGCUUGAGUCACGAUCAGUAAGGAGAGGUUCUGAAGCUUUGCGAUUCGUCAUCACACUCGAGCAAUCAACAAAACUGGCAGACUAUUUCAAAGACCGUUGGAACAAAUCUAUUUAAAAUAAAAUUGCCCCGACUCCCUAA